CACCGACAACAAUCGCAUCCUUCUGAGACUACAGCCAUUUGACUCUCUUACUCGUCUGCCAAUAGGCGCUUGUCUAUUAGCUGCACAAGGGACCUCCUACUGGUGUAAUGCGGGCGUAUUUGACUCUAUUUCCUGUUUCUAACUCCUCUUUCCUCCUGUGGCCUUUGAAGGGUUGGCCGUGAAUCGAUAGUCUAGUUGGCAGACAACAAAAGGCCAACAUCUGGGGCAAUGGCACCUGUCGCAAGCACAGUAGAGAUGGCCAUGUCCCAUAUUGAGGGGGUGACGGAUAACGCGCGUGCUAGGGAACUAUACAAAUAUUAUCAGCCCAGUGCUCCCAUCAACCAAGACACAUGUUUUCCUGUCCCACCGCCGGGAAGCGGCUUGCCUUCGGAUGCAGCAGAAGAACAAUCAGAUAUAAAUAUAAACUCGGAUGUCACCUCUUCCAAAAUCUCCUCACCAGACACAGCACUGACUGCCUUCUGCCAAUUAACAACAUGGAGAACUGGAGCCCAGAGGGCCAUGCUUAGUGUCAUUGAUUCGGAUACCCAAUAUUUUCUUGCAGAAAGCACCAAGACAGUUGAUCUGCUGGAUAAUAAUAACUAUGCUCCUGGAGACGGCAUAUGGAUGGGCUGUGCCACAGUGACAAAGCCUGGACGCCUAUGCGAGAGAACAAUAGCAGUCACACCUGCAAAGCCUGGGAACUACCCGUGCUUUAUUGUCGACGACCUAAGCAAGGAUGAACGAUUCAACACGCUCCCUUUUGUCACCGGUCCACCCUUCUUGAGAUUCUAUGCCGGCGUGCCCUUGAUCACAAAGCGUGGGAUACCAAUUGGUAGCUUGUUCGUUGUGGACGACAGAGUUGGCAAAGGGCUAUCAGAGGACAAAAUCCAUUUCAUGGGCACCAUGGCGGGUACCAUCAUGCGUCACAUGGAAAUGGUCCGAGAAGUAGAGCAGCAUCGACGAGGAAUGAAGAUGAGUCGCGGGCUUGCAUCCUUUGUGGAGGGUCGUGCAGAACUUGCAGAAGCCGAAACAGAUGCAGACGACACAGAAGGAGCGAAAGUCGUAGGUCAGUUUGAGACAGAAUCUUCAGUGCGAACCAGAUCCAAGGGCUCAACUGUUGGAUCAUACACGUCUGCUGUUGGCUCCAUCCACAGUAUCGAACAGAAAGAAAAGGAGUAUUCUGCUGCCUUAGCAAAAACGGAGCAUAUCAUUCAAGAAACACACGAGGUCUUCCAGUCGCCAGGUCCACGUCCUGACAUUGAAGAGAUGUCUCAAUCGACUUCUUUUACGGCACCAAGUACGAAGAUACUGUCUCCGAACGAUACGUAUGACAAAACUUCGAGUCCUGGUGAUGAUCUUUCGGAGACAACUUCCAUGAAGAUGCUAUUUUCUCGCUCCGCAAACCUGAUUCGUGAGGCAUUCGAAGUCGAUGGAGGUGCUGUAUUCUACGAUGCACAAACCGGCUUCAGCAGCAACAUGAAACGAGCCUCUGCAGGUGGUUCGUCCGCGCAAGAUGAUAGUUUUCCUGAUAGUGCACCAGACAGUCAUGCGAGUGGCGACGAUUUACAUUCUUCUAACGAGAUUGGUUCGGAUGCAGAAGCAAAACAGAGCCCUCUUACACCCAUGCUAUCCCCACGAACCACCUCACCAGGUCUUGGCGAUGGUGGUUUCUCGAGAAGCACCAUCGACAAUCAGAAAUUGGUAGAAAUCCUUGGAUUCUCCACUCCAGAAGCUUCUUCUAUCCACGGGGAUCCUCUUCCUGGCCCCCAAUCAUUCAUUCCCUUUGUCGAAAAAUCGUUACACGUUCUAUUACGCCGCUACCCACGAGGUAAACUAUGGACCUUCGACACCGAUGGAGCAGUCUCUUCCUCGUCCGAGGAAGAGCCCGUGAAACCUUUAUCUCUGGACCCUCUCCAGAGGAGCAAGGACGCACACAGGCGCAAAGCUCGAAGCAAACGGACAAAGUCAGAUGCGUUAUUCCUCUCCAGGCAAUUUCCUGGUGUUCGACAACUGCUUUUUGUCCCUCUAUGGGAUGCUUCACGUUCUCGAUGGCUGAGUGGCUGUUUUGUUUGGUCAACUGAGCCUACUCGUAUUCUGUCCAAACAGAAUGAACUUUCUUUCCUGACUGCAUUUGGUAAUUCGGUCAUGGCAGAAUGGGCUCGAAUAGAUACAGAGAUUGCAGACCAGAAGAAGAGUGACUUCAUUGGAAGUAUUUCACACGAAUUGCGUUCACCGCUUCAUGGCAUUCUCGCGAGCGCAGAGUUCUUGGCUGAGGAUACCACCGGCUGGGCAAAGGGUCUGGUAAACACCAUCGAUAGUUGUGGUAGGACUUUGCUUGACACUAUUAAUCACAUCCUGGACUAUUCUAAAAUCAACCACUUCGAGAAGAAUUGGCGUCGAAGUAAGCGAGCUGAUCGACGACCAAGACAUGGCUCUAAUAUGGGUUCUCUUUCACUUCGCCAAUCCGAUCUCCCUAUGCUCAACCUCUAUCAGACCAUUGAUAUCUCAAUACUUUGCGAAGAGGUCGUUGACAGCGUUUUUAGUGGCCAUAUUUUCCAGCAUACCACUGCUGAAAGCUUCGACAUGGUGCCGGGUAGUCGAGACAAGAUGUCUGAUGCUACGAAAAAAUCGUCUUUAGAUGAAAUGCUUGGUCCUCAACGAUACAAUUAUCUAGGAGUGGUGGUCAUCCUUGACGUCGACAUGCAGAACUAUCGGUACCACACACAACCUGGAGCUUUCCGACGUCUGGUUAUGAAUCUGCUCGGCAAUGCUUUGAAGUACACGUCGCAUGGCUAUGUCUACAUUAAGCUCGAAGCUGUUGAGAUAGCAGAUCUCGAUACUGCGCCAUCAACACCAUCCAAUACAUCAUCUAAUGAAUCCAUGCCCAGGUCAAUGAUCACACUGACCGUGGCCGAUACUGGUAAGGGUAUCUCUGCCGAAUUUCUUCGGUCGAAGCUCUUCACACCUUUUGCGCAAGAGAAUUCAUUGUCUAGUGGUACUGGACUUGGCUUGUCCAUCGUCAGAAAAAUAGUCUCUUUGCUUGAAGGUGACAUCAAAAUCGACAGUGAAGUUGGGCGCGGGACACGGGUUCAAGUUACUUUGCCAAUGCUCCGGGAAAUGCCUACAACCACCGACUCUAGCAGUUCGGCCAGCACAAAUAAAUCUCUCAUCACGGCUACACAUGAAACAGAUCAUACCAUUACGGAGCUGCGGUCCCGAGUCAUUGGCCAGAAAGCAUCGCUGUAUGGCUUUGACAAUGAUACUAAAGAUGCUAUUCUGCAAGACAUGUACAGAGUUCUCAAGGCUGCAAUAACAAGUUGCUUGGUCAAGUGGUAUGGCAUGAAAAUUGUCCCUCUGGGUCAAAAGACCAAUGUCAUCGUCUGCAACGAAAGCAAGCCUAGCGACCUUGAGUCUUUAGUUGCGCACAUUCCAAAACAAAAGAUCAAUCCAGCGAUUGUUGUUCUUUGUGCCCAUGAUACCAGAUUCGAUCAUACACCACAUCUUGAGGGCUCGAAAUGCAACGUUAGCUACGUGGCUAAGCCGGUUGGCCCUUUGAAGCUCGCAAAGGCAAUCACCGCCUGUCUUGACGGUGUCCCACCGAGUAUGACUCCGGGCAUUGAUUCUUCGCUCUCCCAUUCUCCGGAAAACGUCGAUCGCGACCUCAGCUCUACGUUUGACUCUCUAAUGGUUAGCCCGCGAGGAGGUGAGGUCUUGGAUAACACUCGAAUGUCCGCAGACAGUGAGAAUGCACGAAAAGCUAUCGAAUCACCCACCCCAAGUGCAAUAGUCGAAAAGAACGCUGAGUUUCCGUUCCCACAGUCUUUACCAGAACUUAAUGAUAAGCCCGAGAUGUCUCAUGGCUCCACUAUGCCUGCUACCAAAGGAUCUCUGAACCCUUCUGCUGCUUCGAGCAGUCAAGCCGCUUCGACCACGCUCUCGAAGAUGAAAAACGUAACCGCCAAGUUGCAGAAGUCAGUGGCAAAGGUCGAAUCUCCAACAUUCCUGCUGGUUGACGAUAAUCAUAUCAACAUGAAACUUCUCAGUACCUACAUCAAUCGGCGCAACUUCGAGAUAGUGCACCAGGCACAGAAUGGUCUAGAAGCUGUGAAGCAAGUACAAGCUAGACCGGAGGGAUACGAUAUCAUCUUCAUGGAUAUCACUAUGCCGGUCCUUGAUGGAUUCGGCGCCACCAGCCAGAUUCGCGCGAUUGAAGAGUCUAGGCGUAGGAAAGCGGUUGAGACCGAAGGUGAAAAGAGUUCACCGCCACCCAAAUCGGAAGAGGGAAGUGGAGGAAGCGUGCCUGCGAGAAAAUCAGCCUUGGUCAUUGCUUUCACAGGUCGGAGCAGUAUGGAAGAUCAAGCGGAAGCUAUGCGUGUUGGGGUCGAUCUUUUCAUGAUCAAACCGGUGGCGUUCUCUGAGGUAGGUAAAAUGAUUGACAACUGGAUGGCGAACAGGGGGAGGCAAGAGACACAGUGAUUGCUUUUUUAUUUCUGGCAUAGCAGGCGUCUUUUGCAUUUUUGAGGCGUCGGGGGAUCUUCGUUGCAUUUCAUGGCGUUGGGGUGAUGAUGAGAUGGAAUGAUACCUCGGGCGCGCUGAGCUGUACAUGUAUUGUGUACAUAUUAUAGAGCUGAGCUUUUUGCUGCCAUUUGUGGCUGAGAACGUGUGUAAGGAUAGAGAAAAAACAUUGUGAGC